AUGGACGAAAUGAAUUCGUUUGUGCCUAUGACGCCGCCGAAUCAUUUUGUCAAAGAACUGCGAGGAGUGUUGGAUCAACAAAACAUACUUUCGGCCAAAACCAAACAAAAAGUAUUGCGAGACUUGGACCAACAUAUUUGUGAUGACAAUGAAAAACGCAUCGCAAAGUUGAGGAUUCGAUCUAUUCAAGAAAUAUGCGUCUCCGAAACAAAUUAUAUUCACCAGUUAGACAAAUUGAUCACAUAUUUUAAACGUCCAAUGGAAGAACAAAAACUUGCUUCAAGCCAAGUCAUCAGUAAAUUAUUUGGCAAUGUUGAGACAAUUCUGAAUGUGAAUAAAGAAUUAUUGGUUCAAUUACAUCCGGCCAAAGAAAAUAUUGGACAAGUUUUCUUGAAUACUGCUCCUUUUCUUAAACUUUAUUCAGUUUACGCAUUCAAUUACAAGAACGUAUUGGAUACACUUCAAGAUUUACCAAAAUCUCAUCCAAAACUUUAUCGCUUUAUAUGUACACAAGAAUCAAGGCCAGAAGUAUCUGCUAAAUUGAAUUCACUUUUAAUAACUCCCAUUCAAAGAAUACCUCGUUAUCUAAUGCUUUUACGUGAACUUCAGAAUUAUACUCCUAUUGAACAUCAAGGUUAUAAUGAUAUUAAAGCUUCUGUAGAACAAAUAAGUAAAGUUGCAGACCAUAUUAAUAACUUAGUUCAAGAACAAGAAAACAUGUCCAGAUUAGUAAGCAUUCAACGUAGUCUUUCAGGUUGUGGCAAAGUUAACAUUGUACUACCAGGACGUAAAUUAAUUAAAGAAGGUCCUCUGAUGAAAGUAUCACCUGAGGGCAGUACAUCUAUUCCCCGUUACUUAAUAUUGCUUAGUGACAUGAUACUAUAUUGUAAAGAGUGGGUGGACCCAGAAAAGUUGGUUUGUCUCAGAGUAUUGCCACUCAAUAAGUGUGAAGCCAAAUCUGUCAUGUACAAAAGAGGAUUGUUUUCAAUAAAUUGUCAGUCUGUAGAAUUUGUAUUUUACACGAUGGAUGCACCUCAUGCUACAUGUUCUUGGGUAGAAAUGUUACAGCAAUCUAUUGACAAGUGCAAAGCCAACUCUUUGAUGCCAGUAAAAAGAUGCGGUCCUUUGAAAUUAGUCAAAAGAAAAAAGGAAAAUAACACAAUUAGAAAUGAUGACAAUUGUUAUUCAAGUCCAACUAAAAAAAUGAAAUCAUUAAAUAGUCUUAAAGAUACAACAAUUGUUAAAUCAAAUCAACAAAUGUCAUAUAUGGCUUCAGCAAGAAAUCUUGUUUUUAGUUUUGGAUCAACAUUAAAAAAAUUAGUGGGAAGAAAUUCAGUAUAGAAAUUCAAAAAAUAAAAUAUUUUCUUUUUACUCCAUCCAUAUGAGAUCUCAGCUAUGUUGUCCAUUUUUGUUUAGACAUAGUUUGUAACAAUUAACUAAUAAUGUUUGAAUAAUAUCUUUUGUGGUAAUACUUCCUAAUGCAGUAACAUAUGUUACUUAAAAGUAAAAAUUAUAAUGUUGUAAUUAUUUUUAAAUUUGAAUAUUUUUCACAUUUAUAAAGUUUGUG